GUGUCAGCAAGUCGCCGUCGACACUCGACACCGUACACCUUGGGGACUCCCCUCGGCUGACGUACGACGAGGCGUCCAUGUCGUAUGCGCCUCCGCCAGAUCCUCCGCCAUUGAGUCACCAUCGUACUGGCAGCAGUACUGCAAGCGAGCAUGGACGGUCUGUGCCUGCGAGGAGUAGCACGCUCGACGCCGAGCCAGAUUCUGAAGCUCCUCCUGCAUACUCGGCCACAGCCGACGAGGUACAAGAACAAUCACUUGAGCAUGGCGUGAAUCCCUUCAGGCCGGUGCAGCACCACCCAUCAUCUCCUCGGCCAGCAUGGCAACCACCGCCUCAAGACUGGCGUACCCCUCCCCCGCCCAACAUCUCACCUUACCCGAUGCGGCCGCCUUUACCCGGUCAGCCGCCGCCUGCGCUACCCGCUGGCUUCAGACCAGAUUCGAGCACUUCGACGAUACCCCGACCCCCGUUGCGAUAUGAGCCUGCGACGAAGCCUAUCAACGGUCAGCCACUGCUACGAGAGGGCAGGAUCUUGCACUACCCUCGAGGCUUCGUUUGUCCCAAAUGUCACAGCACGGGCUUCAAAUCCUACGACCCCACGCACCCCUGCAAGACUUGUUGGCAAAAGUAUAGCCAACCUAUGACAUCUGCCCUACGAAUCUCGCUCUCAUCUGUCACAGACCCGCCGCGAGAAGGCUGGCAGCGACCGCUACCUUCUUUCUCCCAUCAGCCGCCGUAUGGACCCGCUCCGAGUCAACCUCCAGGGGCGUACCCGACUCAUCUACACCAGCCUCCCAGCGUACAGCUGCGAUCUUACAACGGCUACGGUCCACCCCCGGGAGCGCUAGUGGUUCGUCCUGGCGAUCCAAGGAUAGGCGGUGCUUUGUGUCGCUCCUGCGGUGGCGAAGGCAGCAUACCCUGCGGCUUCCUCAUGCUCGACACGGAGACCUGUUUGACGUGUGGAGGCUGUGGUAGAGUCUUCUAGCCGGCGGUGUCAAGCUGAGAGAACCUUUGGCUGCAGUACGGCGCUGCGCGUAGAUCAUGUUCAAGGAGAUGAGUCCAUUCCUCUGUAGAAUGUAUUGCACGAUGGGAUUGUAGAGCACUGAUCGGGUUCGGGAGCUUUCGUGUGCU